CAUUUUAUUUUAAUCCCCCGACGCACCUAUUUAAAACCACAAAAGAAACGAAAUCUCCCGGCGCAAUGAUUUUUACAACUUUUGUCAUUAUACUGUCCUUCCCGGCCUCAGUGUUCACCUUGAAGGGGGACGGCAGCACCGCCUCCCGGCCCGUGCACCUGGACUGCGUGAAGGCCAGCGAGCAGUGUCUGAAGGAGUACUCCUGCAGCACCAAGUACCGGACGAUGAGACAGUGCGUGGCGGGCAGGGAGAGCAACUUCAGCGCGGUCACCGGGCCGGAGGCGCGGGGCGAGUGCCGCAGCGCCAUAGAUGCCAUGAAGCAGAGCCCCCUGUACAACUGCAGGUGCAGAAGGGGCAUGAAGAAGGAGAAGAACUGCCUCCGGAUCUUCUGGAGCAUAUUUCAGAGUUUACAGGGUAAUGAUUUGCUGGAAUACUCUCCGUAUGAGCCAGUCAAUAGCCGGCUCUCAGAUAUCUUCCGCCUUGCCCCCAUCAUAGCUGUUGAGCCUGCAUCCACAAAGGAGAACAAUUGUCUGAAUGCUGCCAAAGCCUGUAACCUGAAUGACACAUGUAAGAAAUACCGCUCCGCUUACAUCAACCCCUGUACUAGCAGGGUGUCCGCUUCUGAGGUGUGCAACAAGCGCAAAUGCCACAAAGCUCUACGACAGUUCUUUGACAAGGUUCCAACUAAAUACAGCUAUGGGAUGCUGUUUUGCUCCUGUCCGGCGGGGGAUCAGACAGCAUGUGCAGAACGCAGACGGCAAACUAUUGUACCGGUCUGCUCCUAUGAGGAUAAAGACAAACCUAAUUGUCUGUCUCUUCAGAACACAUGCAAGACCAACUACAUCUGCAGGUCAAGGCUGGCAGAUUUCAUCAGCAACUGUCAGCCAGAAGCUCGCUCCAUAUCCGGCUGUCUGAGGGAGAACUAUGCUGAUUGUCUGCUGUCUUAUUCAGGUCUUAUUGGUACGGUGAUGACACCCAAUUAUGUGCGAUCUCUUGGUAUUAGCCUAUCACCGUGGUGUGACUGCAGCAGCAGUGGGAACAGCAAGCCAGACUGUGACAAAUUUGCUGAAUUUUUUACCAACAAUAGAUGCCUACGUAACGCCAUCCAGGCAUUUGGCAACGGUACUGAUGUUGGAGUCUGGCAGCCCCAACCCCCGAUUCAGCCUACUGUAGUAGAGCCUAGCAUCACUCUGAGGGGUAAUGGGCGAACCAAUAAUGCUCUGGACACACUGACAGACAUGACCAAACUGGAUCUCAAUGGCGACUCACUAUAUCACAUCUGUGGGACCUUGCAGGCCCAAAGAUUGGUGUCAAAUCAAACAGUGGAUACUAAUGUGUGUGCGAACCAUCAACUGGACAAGUCCAGUGACUCAAACGCCAUUGCUAGAAGCUCACCAGCUGAACUCACCUGCCUGCACCCGUCCAGUAUGCUCCUUGCACUAGCCUUUGGCUUUACACCAACAGUAUUACCACUAGAAGGUUUCUACCUUUUGUAGGAUGUGAGGCCUAUGGAUCGACACUCUUAGCUCAAGAAGUGAUUCAACUCGUGAACUUUAAUAUAGACAUUUGCCAGAGUGUGACGCCUACGUUUUUCUUUAAGUGGAAAAAAACCAACAAAGGAUGGUAAGAGGACUGCAAUCAUAGACAACAGUGGGUUAUAUCUGAGCAAUUCCUGCUGACUGUUGCUGUGUUGGAAAAAGACCUGCUCAAGCUGUUGCUGAGAUAUCAGCUCAUUUGCCUUCCAUGCCUCGUGGGGGCAAUUUGGUGACUUCAAAAAAAAUAAAUAGAAAAAAAAAAAUCAAAAAAAAAAAAAAUCAGAUUCAAACUC